AUGGAAUCCCACGGGGAUCCUCAAAGCCCUGGCCCCGUUGACCUCCCCAAUGGAAAGCGACGUUGGCGCCGCAAUCGAGUCGCUUGCGAUUCCUGCCACACGCGGAGGGUCCGAUGCGACCGAGCCUUUCCCUGUUCGCGAUGUCUACGAAGUGACAUCCACUGCGAAUUCACCCGUGAGCGUCGCAAACGAGGGCGCAUUGCGCGCUCCAAGUUGACCUUGAACUAUGAUGAUCAAGAUCAAGAUCAAGAUCAUGACCAGGAUGAGGAUCCUGAUCGCCAUCCUCAUCCCUCGGCUCGCAAAGCCUCCACCUCCAACGGUGACCAGAAAGUCUCUCAGUCCGCCCUCUCUCCAUUGCAGCAGAGCUCCUUGUCGCCAGAAUCCGCCUUCCCACACAGGUCACCAGGAAUUGGUUCCAAUCACCUCAGUUUGUCUGCGCCGAGUGUCGAGGAAGACUCGCGCUCGCAUCCGCGCUUGCGCCCACAUCCGCGACCAGAGACCGAGGCCAAUGCGACAGAGGAGUGGUUGUCUAGCGCACACCUGUCACCCGAGUCUUAUGAUAUUUUAGGAGGCGUACAUGGCAAUGAAGGCCCACUGCCGAGAUUAUACGAUAUUUGGAACCCUGUCGACCUCGGCCAUCACUCUCACCCUCAAUCUCAUCCUCAUCAACGCAACCACCAGCAUCACUACCAGCACCAUGCACCCCAGCGCCCUCAGCGAUUACCGUCCAUCUCCGCACAAACCCACUCUCAAUCUGGUCAAGGAGCGUCCUCGACCUCGCGAUCAAGUUUAAAAUACCCCGUCCUCGAACCCAUCAUGCCGUUCCUUGAAUCCAGUCUCCCUCGUCGACUCGUCUGCGAUUUGUUAGAACUAUACUUCACCUCUGCUUUCUCGACACACAUGCAUCCCGUGUGCCACCACAUCCACUGCUAUGUCCUACGCAAAGCAUCUUUCCUGAGCACCGACCGACCGCGACCGAGCAGUCCAGCAUUGCUGGCGAGUAUGCUGUGGGUAGCCGCCGUGGAUGAUCGCGCAUUCUCCCUCUCCAUUUCACCACUACAACGUCGCAAGAUCUGCCAAUUCCUCUGCGCGUUGACCAUUCGUCUCCUUCGCCCAUUGAUUCAUGUCUCGUUUAAAGACCAGGAACCACCGGAGAAUCCUAAUGUCCCGCAGGAAUUACCAACAGCCGCAGUUCACCACCCGUUUGAAGGAGUGGGGGAUGACAAAGGGUUGGUUGGACCGGCAGGGUCUCUUGACGAUGUGAUUACAUAUAUCCAUGUCGCAUCGAUUAUUUCAUCGAGUGAGCAGAAAGCGGCGAGUAUGCGGUGGUGGCAUGCGGCCUUCACUAUGGCUCGUGAACUCAAGCUCAAUCAGGAGAUGGAAGUGAUGUCGAACAUAGAUAAUCAAAGUGAUGGGUCGAGCCCGUCCUUUGGCUACUCCCUCGGAGCGUGGGCAAACUCCCCCGGCGGUGCCGCGUUCGACUAUUCGAAUCCAUCUCGACCGAGCUUAAACUGCGUCUGUGAGGAAAAGCACGACCCUCACAGUACCGGUUUGAUCACCGAAGAACAUCGCGAAGAGCGGCGUCGUACGUGGUGGCUAUUGUAUAUCAUGGAUCGACAUCUGGCCUUAUGCUACAACCGGCCACUUGCCCUCCUCGACGCCGAGUCGGAGGAUCUACUCCUCCCACUGGAUGAGGGGUCCUGGCAGGCUGGAAAUAUCCACAGCAACAGCCCACGCACUGAUGGACCGCAGUGUAUUCGAUCUGGAGAUCGAAACAAGAGACGUGUUUUCCCCAACUUUCUCUGCCACGACCACUCGAUUCUCGGCUUCUUCCUUCCACUCAUGACCAUCACGGGGGAACUCAUCGAUUUGAACCAAGCGCGCAACCACCCAACACUGGGACUCCGUCUUCAAGGGAAGGAGGCAUGGGAGGUCCAUGUAGCGGAGGUCCUGGGCCAAUUGGAGAUCUACAAAGCCAGUCUGACGACGUUUGCUGCGACCACGGCAGCACCUGAUCCCGAAGGCGACCAACAAUCGGGCGACGGGGGAUCCUUGUCGCAGGCUUAUUCCUGGCACACUCAGACAGUGAUCGCGUACUCAUCUUACCUGGUGCACGUCCUGCAUAUCCUACUAGUUGGCAAAUGGGAUCCAGUCAGCCUGAUCGAAGACAAAGACUUCUGGACCUCAUCGCCAGCCUUUGCAUCGACGAUUUCGCACGCGUUGGAAGCGGCAGACUCGGUGCAGCAGAUCCUGCGGUUCGACCCGGAUAUCAGCUUCAUGCCGUACUUUUUCGGCAUCCAGCUGUUGCAGGGGAGCUUCCUGCUACUGCUCAUCGUGGAGCGGCUGCAGAAGGAGGCCGGGGAGGGAAUUCUGAAUGCGUGUGAGACGAUGAUUCGGGCGACCGAGUCGUGUGUGGUCACGUUGAACACGGAGUACCAACGCAGUUUUCGGCAGGUCAUGCGGAGUGCGGUGGCGCAGGCUCGGGGCCGACCGGUGAAUCCCAGUGAGAUUCGACAUCGGCGAAAGGCGGUUUUGGCGUUGUAUCGGUGGACGCGCAAGGGGACUGGACUUGCUCUGUAG